CAUCAGUGUUGUCGUUUCGUAAAAUGGACUAUAGAUCUGUUCCGUCUGUUCCCGAACACUCCCAUCGCUCCCGUCACACAUGAGUGUCCGUCAAAAUAGUCAACAAAAACAAAUAACCCAAAAACGCAUUGGUUUGUCAGACUCUUAGUUAAGCUCCAUGGAGCUGCAGCAGAACAAACUGAUACCAGGAAUCAAAGUUAAAUCGUAGAAUUUAUAUUUCAAACGUAUAAAAUAAACUUGAGAGUGGAUACAUGGUAGUUCAGUUGUAAUACGUUCAAAAUUACCUAGACGAUAAAAAUGUCCGUUACACUUCACACCGACGUUGGCGACAUCAAGCUGGAACUGUUCUGUGAGGAUUGUCCCAAGAAUUGUGAAAAUUUCCUGGCACUUUGCGCCAGCGAUUACUACAACGGGUGUAUCUUCCAUCGGAACAUCAAAGGAUUCAUCGUGCAAACAGGAGACCCCAGCGGGACCGGCAAGGGUGGCCAAUCGAUUUGGGGUCGCAAGUACGAGGAUGAAUUCAAAGAAAACUUGAAACACAACGAACGGGGAAUGGUUUCGAUGGCCAACAACGGUCCCAACACCAAUGCCAGCCAGUUCUUCAUCACGUAUGCGGCGCAGCCCGCUUUGGAUCUGAAGUACACGCUAUUUGGAAAGGUUAUUGACGGAUUUGAAGCUUUGGAUGAACUGGAGAAACUAACGGUCAAUCCUAAAACAUACCGUCCGGUUGUGGAGAAGAAAAUAAACAGUGUUACAAUACACGCUAACCCUCUGGCGGGAUGAAGAUU